UAUAAUGAUCUCGAUAAAAUUCACCUCCGCCACCAGUUCAGCUUAUUUCUGCCGAGGAUCGCCGAGGGGCGCAUUGCGGUCGAAAUGACAUUAGCCCUAAGACUUGUCCUGUGCGCUCUGGCGGUGGCCAGCGUCUCCGCUCUCUCAAUCUCCUUGAGACAAGACCCGGAGACACUAUGCGCGGGACAGGAGAACUUCCUACGUAUAGCCAGCACGGAAGGCUGCAGCGCUUACUACCAAUGCUAUGCCGGUCGAGCUUACUUGAUGGAAUGUCCACGAGACUCCUGGUUCAACGAAGUGGAACAGGUGUGCGAUUGGACCAACCCUCCAGCAAGCUGUCGAACAGACCUGGAACCUGAGCCACAACCCGAACCGGAACCCGAACCAGAACCCGAACCCGAACCCGAACCAGAACCCGAAGAACCCGAACCGGAACCCGAACCGGAACCUGAACCGGAACCCGAACAGGAGAACGAGCCAGAAUCUGAAAACCAAGCGGACUCAGAAGAUGAAAGCUCCGAAGAAGCUGAAGGCUCCGGUGAUGAUUGGGAAGAGGAUGCGAUCGUCAAAUUCUUGAAGGCGAGAUUACAUGACGAAGAAAGCGAAGACCAUGAUCAUGAUCAUCAACACCACCAUCACGAUCACGAUCAUGACCACGAUCAUGACCAUGAUCAUCAUCACCACCAUCAUGAUCACGACCAUGAUCAUGACCACAAUCACGAUCAUGAUCACGAUCACGAUCAUGACCACGAUCACGAUCAUGACCACGAUCAUGACCAUGACCAUGAGCACGAUCACGACCACGAACAUGACCAUGAGCACGAUCAUGACCAUGAUCCCGAUCAUGACCACGAACAUGAACAUGACCAUGAACAUGAGCACGAUCACGACCACGAACAUGACCAUGAGCACGACCACGACCAUGACCACGAGCACGACCACGACCACGAACAUGACCACGAGCACGAUCAUGACCAUGAUCCCGAUCAUGACCACGAUCACGACCAUGACCAUGAGCACGAUCAUGACCACGAACAUGACCAUGAUGAUCCCGAAGACUCUAAACGCAACCACGCCCUUAAGUUCCAGGAAGAACUUGACGAGGAAUCUGAACAAGAAGAAUUAAAGAACUUAAUGCGUGCUGAAGAGGAAAAUGAUGUCAAUGAGGAUUUAGAAGAAGAAAUCCGCAAUAAACGCCAAGAAGAGCUCGACCAGGAAGUUGAAGAAGAUCUAAAGAGACAAGAAGAAUUCGAAGGAGAAAAUGAGGAAGAAAAUGAAGAAGACCUAAAAAGACAGGAAGAAGACGAGCAAGAGCCUGGAGAAGAGCAAGAGGAGGAGCUAAAGAGGCAAGAAGAGGGUGCGGAAGAUAUUGAAGAAGAAGAUAUUCUCAAGAGGCAAGAAGAUGUAGAUGAGGAAGCAGAAGAUGAGGAAGAUCUAAAAAGGCAAGAAGAGGAUGCGGAAGGUAUUGAAGAUGAAGAAACUUUAAAGAGACAAGAAGAAGUUGAAAAUGAAGAGGUUGAAAAUGAGGAAGAAAGUCGUAAAAAGCGAUCUGCACAAGAGGAAGGAAACGAUGACAUUGCUGACGAGGAAGACUUAAAAAGACAAGAAGAUAUUGAAGAAGAAUCUGAAGAUCAAGAAGAAAGUCGUAAAAAACGGUCUGCUCAAGAAGAAAGUGGAGAUAUUGAGGAUGAAGAAGAAUUAAAGAGACAAGAAGAAAAUGAAGAAGAAUCUGAAGACCAGGAAGAAAGUCGUAAGAAGCGGUCUAUCCUACAAUACGGUUACGAUGAAAACGACGAAGAAUGGCAGAGGGCACAAGAAGAAGCAAAUAUCCUCGAAAGCGGCGAAGAGGAAAUCAAGAGGCAAGAAGAAGUAAUAGAAGAAGAAGAGAAUGAUUCAGAAGAAUCCGAGGAAUCCUUAUUCCAGCGAUUUUUCUUUUAAGCUGGCGUUCAAAAGCACUUCCUAACGGAAUGCCUAUUUGAAAUGCCGUUGAAGUUUGGUUUAAUUUAAUUUAUUAAUGUAAUACAUUAAUAAAUAUACUAUAUUAAGUUGUGUGUGCAUGUAAAUAUCACUUUGUGCAAUUUUGUAAAUACUGUGAGCUAGUAAAUGUGAACGACAA